GCGCACUGACGACGGCGUUCCGUCGCCGGCGCCGACGUCGUUUCGCGAGGAAAUUGAUUCUGCGCGGAAACGCAACGGGGGGUUCCAGCGGCGGUGGCGGUGGCGGCGGCGGCGGAGCCAGCCGUGCACCAUCAGAGAGAAGCCGGGCUCGGCGGAUCGCGCACACCCCUCCGGAUAUUCGCGCGGAUAGUCCUCAUUUCGUACGGAUCCGCGCUCGCACACGGGCAGCGUCCGCUCAGUCGACGACCCCGAUCGCUGAUGUAUUAUGUAAGGGGAAUGUUGCCAUCGUCGCCAUCCUUAUUCUCCUUCUUCGCUGCGUUACACGCGUCCCGUGCUGGCUGCUGCUGCCGUCGUUAAAGAACAACUGCCACAGAGGAGCAAAAGGGAGAGAAGGAGCGAGAGGGAAAGAGAGCGACGGAGAGGUGCCUCUCCGACAUGCGAAGAGACGCGUCCGACGCGACGACGACGAACGACGAGCGCGAAACGACGCAGACGACGACAACAACCCCACUGUGACGCGUCGGCGACGAGCGACAGGAGCAGCACUCAUGGAACUGAAAAUUCUACUGUGGAUUCACGUCGUGGGAAUUUGCACGGGUCUGCGGGAGGUGCGCAUUCACAUACCGACGGCCGUGAAGAAGGGCGACUCGGCGACGUUGAGCUGCUGGUAUGACACCGAGGGGGACCAGCUGUACGCCGUCAAAUGGUACAAAGCGGGUCGAGAGUUUUAUCGCUACACCCCGAACGACAACCCGGCCGCCAAGAUUUUCCCCAUCGAGAACCUGACGGUGAAGAAAACCGAGAGCAACGCGACGCAGGUCGUGCUGACGAAGUUGGAAUUGGAGGCGGCGGGCGUGUACAGCUGCGAGGUGUCAGCCGACGCGCCUUCCUUCCACACGGCGAUAGUUUCCGCGGCGAUGGACGUCGUCGAACUGCCAUCCCAGAUGCCGUCGAUACAGGGGCUAAAGAGGAAAUACCGCAUCGGGGAUCCGCUGCGUUUGAACUGCACAUCCGGCCGGAGUAAGCCCGCCGCGAAUCUCACUUGGUACAUCAACGAUGGACAGCCGCGCAAGGAGUACGUCCGCGCGUACAGUCCGCUCGACACCAAUGAGUCCGAGUGGCAGAUCUCGCAGAUCGGGCUGCAGUUCACAGUCACCUACGAACACUUCAUGAGCGGCAAGCUCAAGAUACGCUGCAGCGCGUCGAUAUACGACGUCUACUGGCAGAGCACGGAAGUCAGCGCAGAAGAGGACCGACCGCGCGUCGACCACUAUGAGCCGCCGGCCGCGACCAUCGUGGGCAUCAACUACCUGCAGCCACCGCCGAACUUCCAGACGGGUCAGAAGAAACCCGACGGCCAGGUCGGGGUGAAAGUGCUGGGGUCCUCCACGGUGAGCCUACGGCCGUCGAAGAGGCUCGUUUCGGAAUUGCUUGCGCUUCUUCUAAUCGCCAUACGUUAAAAGCAUCGUGCAUCGUUCGAGAAACGCGCUUUGGAACACUUAUGCGUACGUCGGUGUGCUUGUGAGAGAAGACGGAGGUGGUGAAGCAGAAGGAGGAGGGAGACGCGAAGGAAAGGGUUCGAGAGGCGCUUUGACGGUGACAUUUCCUCUGUGGGGAUCGCCUCGGAUCGCCGCGACACCAGCAGCAAUACGAACAACCGGAGAGAACACAAGACCUCCUUCGGUCCCAUGUCAAGGCACGUUGUGACCUGAAAGGCUGGCGGCUCUUGAUAGCGAAGGGGCGCGACUGGGCACGGAAGAGGGUACAGGCCGAAGAAUGGGUAUACACGGGGGUGCUCCCGCGGGACGACGCUAUCUUCGACGCUCGACUCAUCCAACGAUCAACGAAUGUGCAGAAAGCACUGCAGCGACGACGUGGAGAAGGGACAUGGCUGGAUACGCGCGAUAUAUGUACACAUACAUAUAUAUAUAUAUAUUAUAUAUAUAUAUAUAUAUAUAUAUAUUCAGGAGAUAUUUUAUUAUUAUUAGACCAUGUACUUGCUUCCUUCCAGCGGGAUAAUGUGUUUGCAAUGUGUAGGUAUAUAUGUGUAUACAUAUAUACAUAUAUAAAUAUAUGAAUAUAUAAAUAUAAAUAUAUAUAAAUAUAUAUAUUUAUUUAUUUAUAUAUUUAUAUAUAGCGUACGUUUUGUCGCAUCGUAUGGGAAGAUAGUUUUUUUUUCGUACUUUUAUAACUCAGGAGACUAUAACGUAGCAUGAAUGUACGUGCGUAUUCCUCGACAUAUACACACAGCACAGACGCGCGAGAGCAGGUGCAAAUACAGGUACACGACACGGCGCGAGUAAAUACGCAUGCAUGUACGCGAUUAAAGGCGACGAAUGCAUAAAAUUGCUCGACGUUUAUAUGCGUUACACACAUACACACAGGCACACAUACAUCUACAGGCAUCUAUACACCGUCACACACUUUCUCUCUGUAUGAAUAAAUGAUAAGUAAAAGUGUUCGAAAAUAUUGCGCCCCGCCUAAGUAUUUUACAGUGUGCGAGAUGAUGUACCUGAAUCGAAUAUUCGCGCGGACUUCUCCUGUGUUGCUACUUAGGGUCUAUAUACUUAAUAAGCGAAACAAAGAUGUGCUAAUUAUUACAUAAUAACGACGGCAACGCAAGAACAACAACACAAUCUUGUGUAUCGCGUCGAUCAUUCCAUUUAUUAAAGCAUACUUGGUUUAUAUUUAACGAGGCUGAUUUAAUUGAUGUACAGUACGACUUAUGGAGUUGAUUAUAAAUUCAUUUCAUUC